ACCGGCCAAGUUCAGAACCACGCGCCAGAGGCCAGACAUCUGGUACCCACUCUCCACACUGAUGCUGCUGGAGAGCCCAGACACAAGUGGCCAAGUGUCUCCAGUCCAAGCUUUGCUAGGAACUUUCCAGUCUCAUAGCUCUACCUGGGGGUGAGGGCCAAUCCUUUGGACCCCUAAAGCCCUGAAGACUGAUGCCUGCUGGAGUGACCUUGCUUAUGUCGGCAUGCCCUGCUGAUCCCAUGGCUGAGGGGAAGAGGGGUCCUCUGAGCCCUUUGGCUGAGAACAGUGAACCGGAGAAGAGCCAGGACUGCAAGCCAGUGCAGCUCGAAAAAACAAACCACCUGGACUUUGAGGUUGCUGCAGGCAGAGGUGGCCGGGAUGUGGUCUAUGCCGAACUGGCAAUGUCCAGAGAGCUGAGCAAACCACGAUUGGGCAGGCCAUUGGCCAGAAGGGCACACACAGAGCAGAGGCAGAGCAUCUUUACAGAGCUACCUUGUCUCCAAGAGAGGAUGGAGGACAUUCAGGCCCAGAAGAGGGAGCUAGAGGGUUCGGCAGGCCAGCUUGGCCCCCAGCAGCUGAUCUCCAGUGUUCCCAGAGACCCAGCUGGUGGCAUAGUCUGCUCAGUGUGGCCAGGUGCAGCCAGAGGAGAGCAGAGAAGUGCCUUCAGCAAGCCAGCCAAGUGCCCAGCAGAGACGCUUGGUUGCUUUCCUAUGCUUAUGAUGGGUGGAAGUGCCGAGAACCCACAGGAGCUCUCAGGAUCCCCCACCACUGUAGAUAGCCCAUGUUGGGCUCGACUGUCAACUGUCAAGCUCGUAGGUGAUUUCUGGAACUUGCACAUGCUGUCACAGAACAUUCUACUUUGCAACGCUUUCCAGAGAGCCCCCACGCAGUGGCUAGAACACACCCAGGUGCAGGUACCCACACCCUCAGUGCCCUCUGCUAGGGCCUCUCGGGCUUUCCUGCCACCCACACUCUCUUCCCUGGGCUUGUCUACCCAGAAUUGGUGUGCCAAGUGCAGCCUAGCCUUUCGCCUGACAGCUGACUUGGUCUUCCACAUGCGGUCCCACCACAAAAGAGAACACAUGAGCCCUGAUCCACAUUCUAAGAAACGUAGAGGGGCGGCACUCAUUUGCCCUGUUUGCCAUGAGUGCUUUCGAGAGCGCCACCAUCUCUCUAGGCACAUGACUUCACACAGUUAGAAGAUGGCCAAGGAGUCCACCAAUGGCUACAGCGUCCACUGUCCAGUGGUGAAGCA